CGCGCAUGCGCAGAAAGCCGUCACGUGAUCAGGUCCGCUGAACAAGUUCCCGUUCGACUUUACCUGUCACCUGUCGAGUGUUGAGACGAAGACUGUUGGUUUUUGUGAAAACUGAAACUGCAGUUUCGGGGCUCGUCCGACCGCAGAAAAAACUAAUGGACCCGAAGACUGCAGCCGGCAUUGUAGUGGGAGCCGGAGCCGGAGCAGUGGUCGCCGUGGUCGGGGCCCCUCUGGUUCUGGGAGCCGUAGGUUUCACCUCAGCUGGGAUAGCUGCCGGCUCCUACGCUGCCAGCAUGAUGUCAGCAGCCGCCGUGGCCAACGGGGGGGCGGUGGCCGCAGGGAGCACCGUGGCUGUUCUGCAGGCUGCAGGUGCAGUUGGUCUGUCAGGGGCUGUCACUGCAGCUGUGACCGGCGUUGGUGCAGCAGUGGGAUGGCUGGUCAGCCUCAUCGGCGGCGGCAGAAAAAAAAAAGCAAAAAAAGAAUCAACAUGCGAAGAUGACUCUACUGCCAAUAACGGCACCAAUUGAACUGGAUGACUUGCUAAGCAGCAUUUUUGCGAUCCCUGACGGUUUGAAUGUUUUUCUUUUAUGCAUUUUAGACCAUGGAUCCUAUAAAGCUUAUUAGUGAUACUGCAGCCAUGUUCAUUUGAUGUUCAUCAGACAAGCUAAACAGAAAAUGAUCCCGAUAUUGACUAUUUGUGUAAAGAUAACAUGAGACUUGUUGCUGAGGAGGCUUUGCCUCCUGGUGGCAGUGCAGGGUACUACAGCAAGGUGUUUUCAGACUUGUGCCAUAUGGAGAAUUGGAAGUUUUCAUUCAAUUCUCCACUUUUACUCUAAUAAACUAUUGUAUAUAAAUGGUAAAAGGCGGUUUUGAUCAAUAUAACUGUUAAAAUAAAAAAAAAAUAACCUUAACUGUCAUAUUUGAUUGUAAUACAUGCUAUAUCAAGUUUUUUUUAAAAUGCAUUUAAAACCCUGGUUUUAUUUUGAAAGGUAGAAGAAACCAUCAUAUGACACAGCAUUUGAUGCCUUUUUUUUUGCGUGAGAAAUUUGAGUGCGUGACUAAAGACCGAAAAUAGUGA